AUUGGCGCAGAAUAGCGCUGGAUUAAAAAAGCGGGAAAGAUUAUUGCAAUAAUAUUAUUAAAGUGGCGCAAUUAUGGAAACUCCAACGGGAAGUGGGCGUUCUAGACGUCCCACACGUACCCCCACUCCAAGUCUCUCGGCACGCAAGAGGCAGCUAUUCCGGAGUCGUAGUUCCAAGUUGGAUCAAAUAGAUGACGAUAGUGACGUUGAGGACAUAUUGCUGGGUUUGACUCCAUUGAAACCGAGGCACCAACGAGAAAACACUGAAGUCAAUAAGCAAACUAACGUUCGAAAGCUAUUCCCCAAAAAUGCAGUUGAAGAUGUUCGAAGCAUUUUAAAUAGCAGUAGCAGCAGCAGCACAAAUAGUUCACCUGAGACAAAUAAGGAAAAUGAAAAAACUCGGAGACCACAUGUCUCUGGUGUAACAACAACAACUGGCUCGGCUGAACAGCUGCCGCAUUUAUUUACGGCUACAAUGCGUAUAAAUGGCAACAGCAACAUAAAGCACAACAUCAAUUCCCCCCGCUCGACCAAAACUCGAGAGGACUCCAAUACGGAUACCGAUGAUAAUUCCACAAAUGGGCAGCGUCGCAGAGCAGUCAAAAGAGAACACGAAGAAGCGAAUGCAGCGGCAAUAGUCAUUGAAUCCUCUCCAGGAACUGACGUAGAUGUGGUAACGAUCGAUUCCUCUCCAGGAUCUGACAUGGCAUCGCCAGAGUGCAAGAUACGCAAGACGGAGAAGGAGUGUAUACCAACAUUUGCGUUUUAUUCCCAUGCAGCAUCUCGGACUGCUUGGCACAGCACGGCAGCUGUGACGUCCAGUGCACGACAACAGGGACACAAGCAGCGCGGUGUUAAGCCUAAAAUUACGUCACCUACGUCUCGUUCCAGGCAGGGCAUUAACAAGGGAGUGCGCCACAAGAUACGGAAGCCACCACGUCCUGCAGUGCCCACUGUCUUGGAUGACAUCCUGGGCACACUGCGUAAUGAAAAGUUGCGCCAGCUGAUUACCACAAAACGAGAAGAACGCGCCAAGGUGGAGCAGGUACACGAGAUUCUGCGCAGUGCCAAGGAUCCCAUUAAAAUGGCCAAGCCACUGAGCGUCAUGACUGCAGGCGAUGACAACAACAACAAUAAUCCGUCAACACAAUUGGAUUUCUCAGAUUUUACAGACGAUGAUGACUCGCCUAACGAAACAGCGGCGUCUGCUCCUGUUUUAAUGGACUUGGAUGAGCCGGUAAUACCAUUGAUACGACAUGCGGAUUCAGUGCACACCUCACCAAAGACAGACCCAAAUAACUUGGCCAAGCGCAAGUUCUUCAAGUCCGGACGACGGAGUAGCACCUGCAUGGAAGUCCGCAUUACGGACAACAUUCGCGCCAGUGUGAACCAGGGCAAGAUCUUGUUGGUGGAGGCGCCGCCAAAGAAACAGCGACAGGUGCGCGUAAGAUCAGCCACGAUCUUUUCCGCGGAGCAGGCUACCGUGGACGCCAUACUGCGUAAUCUUGAUGAUACCGUGGUGGAUGAGAUUGUGGAGUCGGAAACAGUGCCACCUGAAGCGUUGGCAACGCCAGCUGUGGAGGCGGAGGCAGUGCAGCAAGAUCCAUAUAUAAAGUAUCGCAAUCAAUUACCAUAUCAGACUGACGAUCCCGAAAUCAUGGAACAGCAAUCGGUGCUGCUGGAGUUUCUAAUAAGUAAUAACAUUUGCACGGAUGAAAACUUUGAAAUUUUCAUAGCCGAUCCGGAAAAUCACAAGGAUGAAGCCACACGAAUUGUCGAUGAGCUGUACAUGGUGAUCAAUGCGGACGUACAGGAUGCGGAAGUUCCUGAACACAAUAACUUAAAAGAAAAAACGAAAUCGGAUCCCGUAGGACCACAUGGAAAACUCUUUCCCAUACAAGAUGCGGAAGUUCCUCCCAGCAAUAACUCAAUAGUCCCAACGAAAACGGAUUCCGUAGAACCACAGGGAAAACUUUUUCCCAUUUUCACGCAACGCCUUCAACGGGUGCCGGAAAAGUCGACGCGCCGGAAGAUGGAUGUGUCCGGCCGUUUAAUGGCUGCUGCCGCUGGUUCCAAUCAGUAUCAAAUUGAUGCUGGCCAAAAGGCUUUUGGAGCUAGACAAUGUCAACAGUGUGGCUUGGUUUACACCGUCCAUGAGCCGGAGGAGGAGCAAUUGCAUCGCGAAUAUCACAAUGCUGUCCACGUGUUGCGCUUUAAAGGCUGGAUUGACGAAGAUAUCGUGGCUGUAUAUCCGGAAUGGGGCGCCGAUGGUCGUAUUAUACGCAUUAACGAACAUGCUCCGGCUGCACGCCUUCAACGUCUCACGGAACUCGUCCAGGUUGUGGACAAGGAACUGGGUUUCUCCUCGUAUAUUGUACCAAAGACUUUUGUUGCCUACUUUGCGGUGCGCAAACAACAAAUUGUGGGUCUAUGUUUGGUGCAACCAUUAACGCGGGCAAAUCGCUUUAUUCAAGUGGAUGGCAUCGAUUAUUUCAGCGAGGAGACUUUUGAAGCCAGUUGCGGCAUUUCACGCAUUUGGGUGUCUCCAAUGCAUCGACGACGAAAAAUCGCUAGCCAUUUGCUCCAGGCUGUGCAACUUCACACCAUUCUCGGCAGUGAAAUUUCCCGUGAUAAAAUUGCAUUUAGUGCUCCAACAGAUGAUGGACGUGCUCUUGCCCGUCACUUUACCCAGAAUGAUAAUUUUCUGGCCUAUGACCAGUGAGAUGUGUUGGCCAAUUGAAUUGCUUGCAGCAUAUUAUUCUUCUUAAAUUAUUAUUAUGUUUUGAGCCGAGAAAACGUUUUAUUAAAUAAGUAUAGUCUGUUUUCAAUCACUUGUAAUUAUAUUUCAAAUUAAAAGUGCACAGUAAUUAAAAUUUGAAAAAUAA